GUACAUUAUUUGUUGAUGUUUUAGUGGGAGAAGUGGGCCAGUCGACAUCUUUAACGUAGCAGGCGAUUUGUAAUAUAUAAAGUGGUUGAGGUUUGGAAAUCAGCAAUAUUACUGCGCUUAUUCGGCCGUCUUAUAUUCGUUCAAGUGGGGAAGACGGGCGUUGUAUUUCACUUCUUCCCGAAUCCAUCAGUAGCUAUCCAAGAUGUCUAGCCAGUAUCAGCGAAGUGUUCCUCUGGAGGUCAGGAGAGCGGAAGGGGAGCGAGUCCGCGCCAAACAUCCGGAUAAAAUCCCGAUAAUAGUAGAGAGAGCCACAAGGUCACGAGCUCCGGAACUUGACAAAAAGAAAUUCCUUGUUCCUUCAGACCUCACAGUCGGUCAGCUCUGCUUCCUGAUCAGACAGCGGGUGUCUAUGAGACCAGAAGAAGCACUCUUCUUUUUCGUAAAAAAUUCCCUCCCUCCAUCCAGUUCCCCCCUGUCUGCGGUGUAUGAGGAGCACCAUGAGGAAGACCUGUUCCUUUACAUGACAUACAGUAAUGAGAGUGUUUACGGUGCCUGAGACGGAGGACGAAAUGACUGGAGAGAAGAGAUGGAGAAUGAGAGAGAAAGAUGACACAUUAUUUUACCACCGAUACAUUGUAGCUACAGAGGCCGUUGUUCAAUAAUGGGAACUAAAGGGUGCUGUUUGUAUUUAUCAGUAUUUAGUGGAAACUACAAUGAGAUGCAUUCAACCGAAUAUUAAAGCAUUGGGACUUGAGAACUGAGAAACACUAAAGAGAAGAUGGAAGGUCAAAAACAAAAAUAGAG